UAAACACUAAGCUGUGGCUAUACGACGACGACGACGACAGCUAAUAUGGCAAACACACACCGCCAGAACUCAGCCGAGAUGUUGAAGAAGAAGAUAUAUUAAUGUGUUUAAUAGAUUCAUUCUCGCCACACAGGAGCAGUUACCAGCCCGCUUUCACUUCGAGGUGAAGCUGUACAGGUCGCUAGUUUAGCUUCGGUUCACUGUAAAGGUAUGAACUCUCUGGUCGGUUACGGAGUGUCCUCGGGAUCCGACAGCGAUGGAGACGUAAACACCGGGCGAGUUGGGUCUGUUAAGGUGACAAAUGCCAAGAAGAGCCGCAACUUCUUGCUGGAGUCUGGUUCAGCUUCCUCCAGCAGCGAGUCAGAACCGAGUUCAUCCCCGCCGCACCCACCUUCACUGGCACCAGCCAACGCCCGUCAGCCCUCCCUACCUGCGCCUUCCCUGGGUUCACUCAUCCCUAAUAAGCUGCCUCCUCCUCCGCUGAACGCCAGCUCUGACAGCAGUGUGUUUGCCAACCCCUUCAAGGCUCAGGCGGACCAGAAGCUCAGCGCCUUGCAGAAACAUGUCCCCCUGACAAUGCAGGCCAAGCCCUCCCAGAUAGGAGGGAAAAGGAUAUGUGUGUCAUACAGGAAGGACAGAAGGUGCAGGUUCGGGAUCAAGUGCAAGUUCGCUCACGACAGUGACCUUCAGACCACGGCCGUCCCCGCCGACGGCCAACAUGCACCCGAGAGUGACGAAGCACCGGCGUCAGAACAGGCCGAGCCCCGCGCAGGCGGCUCCACCGGCGCCGGGUCACAGAAGCCCACAGAGGAGGAAGAGUCAGGGGGGCAGCAGGCGAAGAAGAGGAGGGUUGGACUGAGUAACACCUUGGUUCCUCCCAAACGAGCCAUGAAGCAGUACGCUAUGCACAGGGACAGAGAGCGGAUCAAUAUGUCCUGAUGGACGUUUCCUGAGCUGUAACGCUGUCCUGUCAUUAAGCAAUAGUAUGUAGUGUGGGUGAAAUAUGCUCUCUCGGUGUGCAUGUGUGUACUGUCCAUGGGUGGAUCAAUUAUUAGCUCAAGCCCAUAGUUACAUUACAUGUGUCAGCAAAUUACAUUUGUGUUUCCCAGGCAUUAAGAGUCCUUGACUGAAGAAGAGAUGCAGCAGUUAAUCGAUUAAGCCAACUAUUUUGAUAAUCGAUUAAGUAGUUUUUAUGGGGUAAAAAAGUCAAAAUUCUCUGAUUUCAGCUUCUUAAAUAUUAAUAUUUUCUGGUUUGUUGCUCCUC